GCGUGAGGAGGUGGAGCUCACACACAGCCAGGAACAUGUGGCCUUCAUGUUCAGCCUCCAGGCCCAGGGGGAGGAGGAGCUGCAGACCAUUCAGGAGAACUACAAGUCUGUCUACCUCCACCCCGCCACCAAUGUCUGUGCUCUGCUCUCGGCCGGCUCACUGCUGCAGGUCGUGGACGAGGUGUUUGCAGGCCGAGCCAGGGCCGGUGUGGGCAUCAUCCGUCCCCCGGCCACCACGCCGAGCCGGACCGCCCCCACGGCCUCUUCUUCUACAACAACGUGGCCGUCGCCGCCAACAGGCUGGGAUGCCAAGGGUGCUGGUGGUGGACCAGGAUGUGCACCUCGGCAGCGGCAUCCAGCAUUUGUUUGUGGCCGAGCCGAGGGUGCUGUACGUGUCCCUCCACUGCCACCACCACGGCCUCUUCUUGCCAUCCUCUGAGGACCCAGACUAUGACGAGUGGGGACGGGACCUGGCCAAGGCUACAACAUUAACAUUUGCUGCAACAAGAGUGGCAUGGGUGACGCAGAGGCUCUCACUCAGGUGGUGCUGCCCGUGGCCUACCAGUUCAACCCACAGCUGGUCCUGGUCACUGCCAGCCUUGAUGUUGGUGCGGGGACCCACUUGGAGGUUGGUGGAUGGUGUCACUAUCUGUAUGACUACCUGCUGCUGCCUCUUUCUCUUUUUCUGUCACUAUCUGUUCAGUUCAGUUCUCUCUCCAUAAUUAUAUUUUCAGUUCAUGGUCGGGAGUUUUGGCUUCAUAACAGCACUCCCUGGUGCACUCCUUCACUGUUUGGGUUUCUUGUUUUCCUCUCUUUAUUCCUUUAGUGUUCUUUCUUAUCCAAAAUUUCUGUAUUGUUCUUUUUGCUUUUUUUAUUUAUUUAUUUAUUUAUUUUUAUCUGCCUUAAUAACUCAUCUUCAGGGGCUGCCAUGUGUAUGCAAUGAAGCAUUUUGUAGUCUCCUUAUAUUGUAUCCUGGUGUAUUGUCAUCUCAGACCAUUGCAUUCCAUAGUGAAGAACUCCCUUCCUCUUCCUCACCCCCAUUCCUCCCUUCAUGCAUCUCAUACCUAA